GGGCCGCCGCCUCUGCUGCCGAGCGCGCUCCCGGGCCGCUGGCCGCCUGAGCACCCGCCGCGUCGCAGCUCCGGGACCGGCCCCGGCCGCGACGCCGCCGCGAUGGGCAACGCCGCCGCCGCCAAGAAGGGCAGCGAGCAGGAGAGCGUGAAAGAGUUCCUAGCCAAAGCGAAGGAAGAUUUCCUGAAAAAAUGGGAGAGCCCUUCUCAGAACACAGCCCAGUUGGAUCAGUUUGAUAGGAUCAAGACCCUCGGCACCGGCUCCUUUGGGCGCGUGAUGCUCGUGAAGCAUAAAGAGAGCGGGAACCACUAUGCCAUGAAGAUCUUGGACAAACAGAAGGUGGUGAAGCUGAAGCAGAUCGAGCACACGCUAAAUGAGAAGCGCAUCCUGCAGGCCGUCAACUUCCCGUUCCUGGUCAAACUUGAAUUCUCCUUCAAGGACAACUCAAACUUGUACAUGGUCAUGGAAUAUGUGCCUGGUGGAGAGAUGUUCUCCCACUUACGACGGAUUGGAAGGUUCAGUGAGCCCCAUGCCCGUUUCUACGCGGCGCAGAUCGUCCUGACCUUUGAGUAUCUGCACUCCCUGGACCUCAUCUACCGGGACCUGAAGCCCGAAAACCUUCUCAUCGACCAGCAGGGCUACAUUCAGGUGACAGACUUCGGUUUUGCCAAGCGUGUGAAAGGCCGUACUUGGACCUUGUGUGGGACCCCUGAGUACUUGGCCCCCGAGAUUAUCCUGAGCAAAGGCUACAACAAGGCUGUGGACUGGUGGGCCCUCGGGGUCCUCAUCUACGAGAUGGCUGCUGGUUACCCGCCCUUCUUCGCCGACCAGCCUAUCCAGAUCUACGAGAAAAUCGUCUCUGGGAAGGUGCGGUUUCCUUCCCACUUCAGUUCUGACUUGAAGGACCUGCUACGGAACCUUCUGCAGGUGGAUCUCACCAAGCGCUUUGGAAACCUCAAGAAUGGGGUCAAUGACAUCAAGAACCACAAGUGGUUUGCCACGACUGACUGGAUUGCCAUCUAUCAGAGAAAGGUGGAAGCUCCCUUCAUACCAAAGUUUAAAGGCCCCGGGGACACGAGUAACUUUGACGACUAUGAGGAGGAAGAGAUCCGGGUCUCCAUCAAUGAGAAAUGUGGCAAGGAGUUUACUGAGUUUUAGGGGUGUGCUUGUGCCCCAUGGGUUUUCUUUCUUUUUUUCUUUUUCUUUCUAUUCUUUUUUCCGAUUUGGGGGUGGGAGGGUUGGAUCGAACAGCCAGAGGGCCCUAGAGUUCCAUGCAUCUAAUUUAACACCCACUCCACGCCCCCAGGGUUAAGGAGAGCAGGAAAGCCAGGUAUUGGGGAAGGGGUAACAUCAGCUGCUCCCCCAU